UCUUGGCGCGGUAUUGGGAACAGGAGAUGUAGCUUGUGUAGUUAGUUAGCCAGCUAAGAGCGACGGUAACUUUUUGAGUAUUGUUUUAGUUUUAGAGCGAUGGAUCGCUGUCAGAACUGACACUAGUACAUGUCUGGAGAUCGGUGGAGGAUCGUGGUGUUUAUUUAAUAUGCGAGAUCCUGUUUCCGCUCUGUUUUGUCACUGAUUUUUUUCAGUAUUAUUGACUUGCGAUUCCUGCUAGCGAACUAGCAGAUAUCCGCUGCGUAACCAGGGACAAUGAGUUCAGCGAAGGAGAUCAGACAACUGCAGAAAGCCAAAAGUAAAGCUCAGAGCAGCAGUAAUCUGAAGGAGGAAGCUAGCCUCUGCAAUCAGCUCGGAGAAGUCUUAGCCAAAAGUGGUGAUUACCAGGCUGCUAUUGAGGAGCAUCGGCAGGAGCUGGCCCUGUCACAGGUUUUACAUGAUGUGAUUGGUUGUGCUGUAGCCAAUCGGAAGAUUGGAGAAUGUUACGCAGAGCUUGGCAAUAUCGCAACUGCUCUCAAAUAUCAGAGACGGCAUUUGGAUCUGGCUUGCUCUGUAAAUGAUGCAGUAGAGGAACAGAGAGCUCUGGCCACCAUUGGCCGGACUUACCUCUUUCUCCAUGACACUGACCAAUCACUGGACAGCCUGAAGCAAGCAGAGGAUGCUUUCAAGAAGAGUCUGGCUAUAGUGAACGAACAUCUGGAAGGGAGAGUCUCGGCUCGGGAACGGAGUGAGAUGAGAGCACGGCUGCUGCUGAAUCUGGGCUUUGUGUGCGAUGGUUUGAAGGACCCACAGCGCUGCAAUGAAUUUAUUCGUCAGAGCAUCUACAUCUCAGAGAAGAACAAUCUUCUAGAGGAUCUGUACCGAGCCAACUUCAACCUAGGUAAUAUCCACUUCCGGAAUGGUCAACAUUCGCUUUCCAUCCGAUGCUUUGAGAAGAGCAAAGAGUGUGCACACAAGAUGAGCGACAAAUAUAGCGAGAGCGAGUGCUUCUACAAUAUUGGAAAGGUUCUGCUGAAUCUGGGAGACUUCCUGGGAGCCCGGCGCUCCUUGAAGAAGGCCUUUCAGCUAGGGUCCCAACAGCCUGCAGAGAGAGAGGCAGUGAAAAGAGACCUGAGAUAUGCAAUCCGUGGCUCCAAGCUGGAAAAAGCUAUGUCAACCGUCAGUAAUAAGGUCUCUCAGGAGGCCUUGGGGCUUACAGAGGAACUUGGGGAUGUCUACUGCAAAGUGGCUUCCUAUUCCAAAGCUCUGGAAGCUUACCAAACCCAGCUGUCAUGUGCAGAGGCCUUGGGGAAGCCUUCACGAGAGCUGGCGGUCAUCCACGUUUCUCUUGCAGCCACAUACUCAGACCUGCGGCAGUACCACAAAGCUAUCGAGCACUACAGACAAGAACUAGAGCUGAGACAAGGCAAUGCCAAGGAGGAGUGUGAAACAUGGCUGAACAUCGCAGGCUGCCAGGAAGAGUCAGGCAAAAGCAUGGAGGAGAUGGACAGCAGUUACACUGCUGCUUUGCACUGUGCUGAGAAAGCAGCUCAAAACAAGCUACAGAGGCGAGUUUUGCGAGCAUGGCUGCAGGUGCAGAGACGAGUCAGGUCCACACAUGCUGAUGCCACGGAGGCUCGUCUCCAGGAGCUGUGCGAGGCGGAGGGCCGCAGGUUGGAGGACAGUGAGGAAGAAGAGGAAGAGGAGCAGCUGCUAAACAGUGAACCUCUCGACAGUGACUUCCAGCUCUCAGACUCUGAUGAGGACAUGGAGGAUUAUGAUAAACUUGUGAGCGGCAGGAGAAAAACUGGAAAGUGGAACAAGCGUAAUGAAAAGGGCGAGACAGUGCUUCAUCGAGCCUGUAUAGAUGGCAACCUCAAGCAGGUCGAGUACCUGGUAGAGCAGGGUCAUCCCCUCAAUCCUAGAGAUUACUGCGGCUGGACUCCGCUCCACGAGGCCUGCAACCACGGUCAUCUAGAAAUUGUAGCUGUGCUGCUGGAUAAAGGAGCUAACAUUAAUGAUCCUGGUGGACCACACUGUGAAGGAGUCACACCUUUGCAUGAUGCCCUAAACUGUGGGCACUUUGCUGUUGCACGGCUGUUGGUGCAGAAAGGGGCGUCGGUCAACGUCCGCAAUAAGAAGGGGGACAAACCUUUGGACAGCUUGCGGCUGUGGCGGAAGACCUACAGUCGAGACCUGGAUCAGGAGACGCAGCAGGAAUGUGUGGAAACUGAGAAACUGCUGAGGAAGGCACAGGCAGGAGGAGUCGCUGCUGCACCGGUGUCUUCAAGGCCUGUCCUACAAGACAGUCAGCUUUUUGAUGCUGAGUGCUCAGAGCCACUACUGCAGCAGGACGAGCCACACUUCACUUCCCAGCGUGCCUUGCCUAGUAGACUUACCCCACCAGAAACCAACACUGCCCCCAGAGACAGACGAUCCAGUGGACCUCGCCACCGACUUAGAGGGACGAAGGAGGAUGUUUUAUUUGGGGAGGACAGCAAUUCUGACCACUCUGACUGCUCCAUCAGCCCACUGCGCCCUGUGCGGCCAAGACCCCGUUUCCCAGAAGUCCUUCCGCCCCCAAAGGAAGUCUGUCCCAGUCGGGAUGUUCCACCCACUCCUCAAGUGGCUAGAGAAGCAGUGUUGUCUCCUCAGCAAGUCUCUGGCAGAGACGAGUACCAGAGAGCUAUGCAGAACCUUGGCAGUGCCAAAAGUCGCCUUAUCACUCACAGCCUAUUAGAGCCAGCUUUCACCAGCACACCAGCGGUGUCUGCCAAUCACGUUUCAGCUUUAGUUCCUGAGGAUGAGUACAUAGGAGAUGAGUGGCUAGAAGAUGACUUGGGUUGUGCUCAGCCAAAAAAGAAAAGGAAAGUUGACACAGAACAAAGCAGCAGACGGGACAGUGUGAUGUCGUCAUUAUCAUCAUCAUCAUCAUCAUCUCGAAGCCAAACUCGUGUGUUUGGAUCAUCUGAGCCUCCUGCUAGAGUUCAGUCCUCCUCCAGCAGGGGGCUCUCUCUGAAGAAGUCCAAUAAGGCACGACAGGUAAAGAUGAAUCAGCUGCCCGGCAUGGUGAUGCUUGGCAGGAGAGAAGUCAGUAGGUCACCUAGUCCCAAUAUCUUCCCUGAGGAUGACCCUCCUCAGCCAGUACGUUCUCAGCCGUACAGCUCACAGCCAAUGACACAUGCCGCCCCUCAGACCCCGGUACCUGCCAUGCCUGCACCAAUCAGGAUGAGAGUCAGAGUUCAGAACAACGUCUUCCUGAUUCCGGUUCCACAUAGUGAGGCAGACUCCUGCACUGUGUCCUGGCUGUGUGAGCAGGCUGCACAGCGUUAUUACCAGACCUGUGGGCUGUUGCCACGUCUCUCUCUGCAGAAAGAGGGUGCUCUUCUCUCAACAACUGACCUGCUCCUGGCUGUUCUGCACACCAAUGAAGAGGUUUUAGCAGAGGUGUGCUCCUGGGACCUCCCUCCUCUUCCUGAGCGUUAUAAGAAAGCCUGUACGAGUCUAGCUGUGGAGGAGAACAGGCGUGUGUUGCGGCUGUGUGAGGUGCAGGACGGCUCUCCCUGCGUGACUGUGUGUGGUCUGGGUCUGGCUCCUCCCUGUCUGUCUCCUCUCCUUCGUGCUCUUAAACUACAGGACAGUCUCACGGAGCUCCGCCUCUCUGCUAACCGUCUCAGUGACGACCUCCUUCCUGAACUCAUCUCUGCAGUAACCACCAUGCCGCGCCUAAGAGUUCUUGAUAUCUCGGCCAAUCAGAUCACAGGAGAGGGUCUUAAGAAGGCGGUUACCACCUUAGAGGGAAGGAGUGAAGCAGUGUUUCCGUGUCUGGAGGAGCUGGAUUUGAGUAUGAAUCCUCUCGGAGACGGCUGGUCUCAGGCUCUGGCCUGUCUGCUCUCUGGGUGUCCCUUACUGGCCACUCUGUAUUUGCAGGCCUGUGGCCUCACAGCACGCUUCCUGCAGCAGCACAGACUCCUGCUAGCCAGCGCGCUCACGGGUACUGGGCACUUGAGAUCAGUGUGCCUGUCCCAGAAUGCACUGGGCUCCACUGGGUUUGAGCUGGUGUUGAAGACUUUGCCUCUACAGUGCCUCACACAUCUGGAGCUUAAUGCAGUGUGUAAAGUUCCCACUGAACAACCUGCUCUGGACCUUCUUCCCAAACUUCUAUCACAGGGUGACUGCUCUCUCUCACACCUGAGCCUGGCUGCAAACGGUCUAACCGAUCAAAGCAUCAUCUCUCUCGCCAGAUGUCUAGCUCUUUGUCCUUCCUUGGUGUCUCUGGAUCUAUCGGCCAAUCCCUCCGUGACGUCAGAGGGACUCCACAGCCUGCUCAGCACUCUUCGGGAAGGCCGGCAGCCUUUAACCUAUCUUAAUCUUCAGGGUUGCCAGGUGUGCGGUCCGUGGGACGUUGAGAGUUUAGAUGGCCUUUCAGAGCGAGUCCAGGACCUGCGGCUGUGUUCUCAGAGGCUGAACAAGCUGGAUCAGGAGAUCUUACAGAAGAAUUGGCCUGGACGUAUCCUGACCCGGGGUUCUAAAUGCCUGCUUAACACAGCCCCUGCUCUGCAGUGAUCCACCCUGUCCAUUCAUUUCUGUUCAGUGUCUGAAAAAAAAUGAAACUGAGCCAACCUCAUUGCUGUCCUACAUCCUACAUUUUAUAGAUUUUUUUCUUUUCUUUUUGGACAUUUUUUUACAAUAUAAAUAGUGACUCAGAUGAUAAAUUGCAUGUUGAUGUACAUAUUUAGUGUACAAACCUACUGUAUCUAUGUUAUGUUUGUAUAUGUAUAUUUAAGUGUGUGUUUUUUUGUAUGAUUUUGUGUGAAUGUCAUAAUCAGUAAACUUGUUAAAGCUCAGAUCUCGUCUGACAGGCCGUCUUCCUAAUGGGAAAUUCUAUAAACCCCUCCUCUGCAUUAAAUGGGGAAAGAAAAGUUCGAGUGACUUAAUAAAACUAUGGAUCUACUGAUAAAGUUCUUAUUUUGAUACUGUUCUCAGUGUUGUUAAGGUUUUCUGUUCUUCCCGUAUCUCUCUGGAAAUGCUAUUUGAUUUAAAAGUAGCCAUUAGGCCUGAAGGUCUAUAUAACAGAUCUGUAACACUUUACAAAAACAGUUUAUGAGAACAGUUACUCUAUUUACAUGAUUUAUAGAUCUGUAUCACUUUACUUAUUUACAUAAUAUAGUCUAUGAUAAAAAAAAAUACUAUUUUUCCCAACAGGUUUGUGUAUAUUCCCUUUCUGUAUAGCUGCUGAUCAGGUGAGGAGAUCUGUAUCUAACUGUUCACCAAGCUGUUUUUCUGCACUUUUU